GGCUUUAACUUGUUUAAAAACAGGCUGACUCACAUUUAGAGUUACAGUGUGUCGUGUUUGACAAUAUUUUUAAGUGUGAUAACAUUGGGCUUAUUUAUUUUCACAUAAAAUAAACAAACCUGCCCCGGAAGUUCUUCGUGCUCGUGCCACGUCAGAGCUACAACCCUGUUAGCAUCACUGCUAACCAAGUGCUACACUGUCUGCAGCUCUUCAGCUGUUUCUUCUCGCGCUCACGAUGCUGUGCCUGGGACUGAGCUGUCUGCUGCUGCAUGUGUUUGUGGUGUUUGGGACCGAGCUCACCUUUGAGCUCACUGACAACGAAAAGCAAUGUUUUUACGAGGAAGUAGACAAAGACGUGAAGUUUGAAAUCGACUUCCAAGUCAUUGCAGGAGGCAACUAUGAUGUGGACUGCUUCGUCACCGAUCCGCUAAACAACGUCUUGUAUAAUGAGAAGAAGAAGCAGUAUGACAGCUUCUCUCACACCACAGCUAUGGUGGGGGUGUACAAGGUCUGCUUCAGCAAUGAGUUCUCCACUUUUACACAUAAAACUGUGUACCUGGAUUUCCGCCACGGAAAUGAGGAACCUCUCAUUCAGACCAUGACUGGAUCUACAGCGCUGACUCAGUUGGAGUCGUCUUGCGUCGCCAUUCAUGAGGUCCUGAAGACGGUGGCUGACUCGCAGACAUGGUACAGGCUAAGAGAGGCACACGACCGCACAAAAGCCGACCAUCUCCUCGAGCGGGUCACCUACUGGUCCGUCGGAGAAACCGUCCUGCUGUUUGUUAUCGGCGUCGGUCAAGUCAUGAUGCUCAAGAGCUUCUUCAGUGAGAGGAAGGGCUCCGUGGCAGCCGCCACUUAGAACUCGUAGUGUUGAUGUGCCCUCGGAAAGACAGGAUGAACCUUGUCAAUGUGAACACAUAAGUGCGUCUGGAGAUUAGCACACAUCUUGUCGUAUUUUCAGCAGACCUUUUUUGUUGAAAGGGAUAGUUUGGGAAGCCUUUUUAUUUUUUUUCCUGCUCACCAAGUGUCAUACAAACUUGUGAGUGCCUUUUUUAUGUCUGUGCUGAUUUGUUUUGAAAAUGAGAUUGACACCUUUCAACCUUGCGCAGGUUAUUUAUUAUAUUUUUCUAGUGCAACACAAAGCAGGUUUAGUUUGAUAUGUCUGUUAAUAAGGACAGUCACAGGUUUUCUUCUGGAUACUCGGUAAUUACACAAGAUGUUGUGGCAAAUCAGUUGUUACUGAAUGUAGGUUGUUUUAUAAUGUGUAUUAUGUUUAUUAUUACCUUAAUUUAUGUGUGAAAAAAUGUGAGGCUUAGAAGCUCUGUCUCCCUCAUCCCCUUGGGUGCCUUCAGAAAUCUUCUUUUAAUUUCCCACCAAAUUGAAAGUUUACUAUUUUUUUUUUUUUUUGUUAAUUGGUCUGUUGCUGAUUGGAUUCUCAGUUUUCACUCUUGUGAAUUAUACAUCUGUUAUUUUAUAAAGAGAUAUGUUUACUGAUUAUGGCUUUUCUUUUUCAACAACAAAAUGAUGCUUGCAGUCCUGUUCAUCUGUAAAACCAGUCAACAGAUUUCAAUAAAAUUGGGAAGAAAGAAA